AUGAAAAUGCUACCUCUGCGUUCUUGUAACGAACCUUUUUCUGCCCGUCCUCCCAGAAUAGCAAGUGCAUCGUAUACUCAUAUAAACACACAAAAAGUAUUUUUACCUGUUAGAAAUUACAGCACUUCUCAUCUUUUAAAAUAUCAUACACAUGGUGUUAUAUCAAAACGAGAAUAUUCCAAAGCCUGUAACGCUGGAUGUCCAUGCCCCUUUCCCUGCGGCCCAUGUGGAUGCAAAAGUGGAUGCGGGUGUCUACCACCCCCCUGUAAUACCCCACCUCGCUGUCUUCAAUAUAUGACUGGAUAUUAUUACUAUCCGUAUGGCACUUGGUUUUGUGGACCCUACCACGUGGCUGGAACAUGUGGUUCAGUAGGUGGAAAGUGUCCUUACCCUUGUCCAAAAUGUUGUGCGGCAUGUGUAUGUACAGCACCAAAUACGGAAUAUGCAGAAAAUAAAAGGAAAAAUGAUAAUCCAUUUCCUGCAGAAUCACCUUGCCAAUCGCUGUCUGAUACGCCACAAUCGCAAAGAGGAAUUUCAAAACUUUUUAAUUUAAAUCCUAAUAAAACCAAAAACGAGUUAAGACCAAAGAGAACUCUGCCACCAGUAAUGACAUCUAUGAUUUACCCAUAUCAAAAUACCUCAUCUCAAUCUAAAAAUAUUUCACCCCAAUCUAAUGUAGCUGUAAAAUCUCAAAGAAUAUAUCCAGUAUUAUAUAACAAGAAUAAAUCCAAUUCCUACCACACUAGAGCAAAACAACAGACACAAGAUUUAUCACCUAUAUACGACAGAUCGCAACAAAUGAAAAGUAUCUACGAUCAAAAACGACACAAAAUGACAAACUCAAUGCAAGAAGAUAGAACUAUUUCGGAAAAGAAAAAGAGAGAUUCCUUACACAAGCAUGAUUUAUUAAAAUAUUCGCGAUUUGUAAAAAGAGAGAGGAAAAGUCAUCGUCCACGUGUUAGCAAAGAUUUUGAGCCAUUUGAAUUA